AGUAAACAAACAAACGUUGUUUCUCUUCCAACUCGAAAAUUUUCAAAUAAUUUCACACAAAAUCAGUUCAAAAUGGAAGUAGAUGUAAAAUCUCCUCAAAUCGUGAUGCCGGGCGACAGAAUUCCCGAAGCUGAAGAACUAAACAAAAACAAACGAAAGCUCGUUCUUGGCCCGGGACUCACAACAUGCGGCACAGAAAUUCGCGCAACUCGUGCAGGGAUUUUACAGAAAAAACCUCCUGCAACUUUUUUCGUUGACACUUUCCAAAAACGCUAUGUUCCAAUUCGGGGCGAUCACGUAAUUGGCAUCGUAAUUGCGAAAUUGGGGGAUUUUUAUCGUGUCGAUAUCGGAGCGAGCGAACCUGCGUCGAUGAGUUAUUUGGCAUUCGAGGGAGCAACGAAGAAAAAUCGACCCGAUGUGAAUGUUGACGAUGCGAUUUUUGGACGUCUUGUUGUCGCAAACAGAGAUACCGAGGCGGAAAUUGUUUGUGUUGAUUCGCACGGCAAAAAGGGAAAACUCGGAGUACUGAAUAACGGGUUUUUGUUUGAUGUCAGCAUAAAUUUGGUGCGAAAAAUCCUGAGACCGGAUUGCCCGUUGAUGGCGGCAUUGGCGAAAGAGUUGAAAUUUCAAGCAGUUUUCGGGAUGAACGGGAAAAUAUGGAUUCAUGCGAACAGUCAGAAGGAAACAAUCGCUGUUGGAAAUGCAAUUUGUGCGGCGGAACAUUUGAGUAAUGCGGAAAUUGUGAAGAUGUGCGACGAUAUUGGACAAAUACUCGCGGGAUUUAGAUAAUGAGAAUAAAAGAUGAGAAAUUUUUUUCAUCAACAUUCAUCAAUCAA